CGGGCGGGGCUCAGCGGCUCCGGGGCUCGCAGGACGCGGCGGCUCCGCUCGCACCGGAGGCCGGCCAGCAUGGGGGACACUGCUAGCACCAAGCUGGGCCGGUGGUGAGACAGGAGGGGUACGGAGGAAGAGGAUGGAGAGGGGGGGGCGAAGGUGAAGGCAGCCCCCCCCUCCCAAAAUAUCCCCCACCCUAUCGAGCCAUCACCAUGGCGACGAAUUUUAACGACAUCAUCAAGCAGGGCUAUGUGAGGAUGAAGAGCAAGAAGCUGGGGAUCUACCGGCGGUGCUGGCUCGUCUUCCGCAAAUCCUCCAGCAAAGGGCCCCAGCGCCUGGAGAAGUACCCGGAUGAGAAGGCGGCGUGUCUGCGGGGGUGCCCCAAGGUCACCGAGAUCAGCAAUGUCAAGUGCAUCACGCGGCUGCCCAAGGAGACCAAGAGACAGGCGGUGGCCAUCGUUUUYACCGACGACUCCGCCCGAACCUUCACCUGCGACUCAGAGCUGGAGGCGGAGGAGUGGUACAAGACGCUGUCGGUGGAGUGCCUGGGCGCCCGCCUGAACGACAUCAGCCUGGGGGAGCCCGACCUGCUGGCGCCCGGCGUGCAGUGCGAGCAGACGGACCGGUUCAACGUGUUCCUCCUCCCCUGCCCCAACCUGGACGUUUAUGGCGAGUGCAAGCUGCAGAUCACCCACGAAAACAUCUACCUCUGGGACACGCACAACCCCCGGGUGAAGCUGGUCUCCUGGCCCCUCUGCUCCCUGCGCCGCUACGGCCGCGAYGCCACCCGCUUCACCUUCGAGGCCGGACGGAUGUGCGACGCAGGAGAAGGUCUCUACACCUUCCAGACACAGGAAGGUGAGCAGAUCUACCAGCGCGUGCACAGCGCCACGUUGGCCAUCGCUGAGCAGCACAAGAGGGUCCUGCUGGAGAUGGAGAAGAACGUCAGGGUGAGCUCCAGCCCACGCCGAGGGGGAACGAAGCUGGGGGAAGCUCCGGGGGCCCUGUGUCAUCCUCCUCCCAUCUGUCAUCCACUGCAGCUGCUGAACAAGGGCACGGAGCACUUCUCCUACCCCUGCACCCCCACGACCAUGCUGCCCCGCAGCGCCUACUGGCACCACAUCACCGGCUCCCAGAACAUGGCAGAGUCCUCCAGCUAUKCUGGGGAGGCGUACGCAGGUGCCCAGGCCAGCUCGGACACCGACCUCCUCAACAGGUUCAUCUUGCUGAAGCCAAAGUCCUCCAAAAGUGACAAGCCUGAAAGCAGGGAGCCCACAUCAUCCCCAUGAGCUGGUGUGGGGGGACUGUGGCAAGGGUCCCCUUUUUCUUGCYCAAGGGGUGGCAAGGACACAGGCAGCUGCUCCUCAGAAUCCCCAGGAGACCGAGCUGGAGCACCUUCRUGCCAAGACCUUGGGAAGCAGGUGCUGGCUCACGCCCUGGUCUGGCGUUAGCGGAGAUGAUGGCUGGCUCAGCCUCAACUGACUUCAAAUAUAUAUUGAAUAUCCGUAUUGUAAGAGAUAUUUCCUUCUCACAUGAAUGCAAAUGUGGUGGCUGCUGAAGAGCCCUUGGGCAGAUGCCCAGAGGUUUUUGACUCUUGGGGAGGUGAAGAGAGAUGGGGGGGUCAYGAAAUUCAGCUUUCUGCAUGGCAGGAAGGCUGGACAUCAUUCUACCAUGGCCAUGGAGCAACGUUGGAGGAUGUGGCUGUGCCAGGCUGAUGGUGCGGGGUCCUACCCCCCAUGAAGAGUGGGGUGCUCCUGAGGACACCCUGCCAUCCCUGAGCUGAUUUUUGCACUUCUUCAAGCUAUUUAAACACUCGCUGUAGAAUUGAGAUGUCUCAGGAGAAACUGGUUUUCCUUCCAGGGGGGUUGGCUGGGGUGAGCAGCCAGGCAGAGCCAAGCUCUCUGACUUCUCCCAUCCCAACACCCCUCACUCCUCCUACAGCUGUGUCCCCCUGCAGUGCCCCUAGUUUAUCUGCUGGUGGGCAACCAUGGGACUGGUUUUGGCCAGUAGCAUCCGUCUCUCAAGGGGCAGCUUUGUGGAUAYGAGAAGCCCCAGGGCAGAGAAGCCCAUGCCGAUGGGGAGAGAGCCACAUUCCUCUGUGCAUUCCCAUAGCCCACACUCCCUCCUCACCCACUGGGGGUGGAACUGGGCUUUAUGUGCUGAAUUUAAAAGCAAUUGAUUUUUUCUAGUUCUCCUAUUUAUUGACCUCCUUUAGAAGGGCUAUCUUUUUAUUGCCGUGCAAACCUUGGUGUUUCUUUGGAGUCUUCUUUCCGUCUGGGUUGGAUGCUUGGUGGUUUUAUUUCUGCUUUUUAAAGCUCCAGGUCCAUGUGGUGGGCACAGGGAUUGUCGUGAUGUGGGAACCUGUGGUCUGUAAAUACUGUGUUUCAGGGUGGUGUAGCUUGUGGCUGAGGCUGGGGGGACGUGGGGACAGAGAAGGGCUGCUCCUCRCAGUGUGGCUGGGCACAGACGGGCUCUGGGACCCCAGCACUGCCCAGCAGUGUGUCCUCCCUGGGGUGAGAGGUGUAACGUGCUCUCUUUUCCUGGCUACACACCUCAUCUGGAAAAGAUUUAACAUUUGUUACCAAAAAUGUUYGGCUUUUCUGUUUUUUAAGGAGUUGCUCAAUGAAUAAACAACCCUUAUCCACAUCCA